GCGCGCGCGAGUAGAGUACACACGGUCUGAUCGAGGGCGCAUGCGCAGACGCGUUGCGCGCCGCGACUCGACUCGACUCGCUUCGGCCCGACUUCUCGGCUCUCCGUGGCUCGCCCUCCCCGCCGCCAAGGUGCAUGCAUGCAUUCUAUGCGGCGUGCACCGCAUUAGAUGCAUUUCUAAGUCGCGCCGCAAUAAAUCGCAGAAAUAUCGAAGUGGAGAAGAGGCCCGCGCGUUCGCACCGAGAGCCUCGAAAUCGUGGCCGCGUGACACGCGCGAACGCAACCCGUCUACGAGGACGCGACGCGACGCGACGCGGCUGGACGCGAGGCGAGGCGACCGCAUCCAACAGGAAGCAAGCAACACGGGCGUACGAAGAAAAGAGAGAAGGAAAAGGAGACAGCCGGUCGAGGGAACACCGGGACAGAGAUACGCUGGCUGCUCGAUUUUCCUAGAAUCCGAUAAUCCGGUAAGCGACUCGGGGAGUCUGCUUGCUGUUUCGCGACUCUCUCUCGAGCUACGGAUCCCGAGGGAGGAACACGCCGCUACGCAACGCUCGCUUUCGCUACGGACUUCGCUACGGAGAUCGUUUUUCGUGGCAGCGUGCGCCGCGUACCUGUACACGCACGUGUAAACCUGGUGACGUCUUCCGACUCGUAUCCCGUAUAAAUCCUUCGCGUUUUCCAUCCCGCUACUACCUGGGGUAAGGGCAGUUCGACGUCGCGAUCUUUUUCCGUUCUCCUUCCUCUUCGGAACGGACAGGUGAAAAAUCGGGACGCGUUGCAGUGAUCCGAGGCCCGGAAUCGUGAUGAACGCUCGUCAUUGUCGAAUUGGAAUAAUGAUCCACGCUCGUCGUUCAACCGGCAGGAAGUGAUAAAGGUUACGUUCACCGACCCGGACGCGCGCUAGCGAGAGAAGCGACGCGAACGCGCGCGCAAUUUUCACGGAAAAAGGGCUACCACGGAGCUACGGGAGCACUUCGAAGGAGGAAGAAAAGAAUACGACACACUGAGUCACGUGCGAACCAGUCCCUCCCACUUGCGAACGUGGUGCCGCGGAUUUCAGUACACGCUGAAAAUCGUAACGUCGUCCAACUCGAACAGCUCCGAUCGACGUUGUUUAGAGAAAGAAAAAAAAGCAACCAGAGGACCCGGCUGGAUCGAGAUCGAUAAAGAGAAACGAGUGGUAGACACCGAAAUACGGUGCCAAUAUCAUCGGGCGCCCCCUCUAGCCGCGAGAAGCGUACAGCCCUGGUGCACGUUUUCACCGAUACGGCACACGGCACGGCACUUACGAAAAACUGUACCGCGGAGCUGAUCGGAAAGCACACGGCGUUUUUCCACCAGACGGAGAAGACGAGACUCGAUCGUACAGUGUGAUCGUCGACGUAACGUCGAGUUGAACCGCGGACGUGUGGCCGGAGCGAUGCACGCGGAGAUCAGUGCUCGUCAGCCAGGGGAUCUUUGAAAGAAAACCGGAGAAAGUGGGAAGAAUCGGCGCGUUCUUGCAUCGGUUACUCGCGAUUCUUUGCGAGUCGCUUCGAUAAAGAAGUUUGCGCUGCAAACACAGAGGUGUCCUUCCGCGUUUCGUCGAGUUUGCCUGUUUUUCUUUUUUUUUUUUGUUUUUUUUUUUCGAUAAUUCGGCAACGUUUUUCUCGCUGAUAAGCGGCCGCGAGUGAGUGAAACGAACGAAACUGAUCGGUCUCGCGAAACAGUGUCGGAUGAACUGGAAAGACGGAUUGCAUCGAGUGGAAGAGGAUGGUGACGAGGACGACGGCGAGAAGGAAGACGACGACGACGACGACGGUGACGAAUACGAUACGGACGAUGAUAACGAAGGCCUGCUAGGGAAAGAUAAUUCGUAUUCAGCUUCAAGCGGGAGACGCGUUGCAGCAAGAGAUUCCCGCGCAGGAGAGGAAGACUGGACAAAGCGGAAGAAGCAGAAUAAGACGAGCAAAGCAGAAGAAGCGGAGGAACACAAGAGUAAAAGAAGAGCGAAAGCGAGACGCGUAGAAGCGGGGUUGCGACGGAAGUGAUUUGAUAGCGAAGAAGAGAGCAAGGGAAAAAAAGAGAACGAGUGAACGAAGAGAAGAAGAAGAAGAAGAAGAAGAUCUGGAAUAAAGAUAGAAGUGAACGUUACAAGAAGCAAGAGGAAAUCAGUUGAAGAAAGGAAUAAAGAAAGGACAAAGGAAAAGGGGAAGAAGAAGACGAAGAAGAAGCAGCAGCAGCAGCAGCUCGUUAGAGAGAAACCUCGCGCCGCAUACAUAUAUAUUUCAGUGUGUUCAAAAAACGAGUGUACCUAAGUGCAAUAUUAAUAAACCUAAACGAUAAUAAGAAGCAACCACAACUACCAUCGACGAUAUAUCGGUAACGGCGAGCGGUUAAAUCGAUAAUCGAAUAGAAUUCCUUUUAAAGAGUUAAAGAAAGAAAAAAAAAAAACCC